UCGACCAUGCGAAAUCGCUCCAAAAAUCAAUUGAAGACGGGCAUGGAAUGCUAUCUCUGUAUAGAAUUUAGUUUAAAAGAACAAAAUGAAUAAAAAUUUACUUGAUAAGUUUUUGUUUUCGAAUUUUGCGCAAUAUGGACUGAAUUGCACAUAUCUAUAAAUUAAAAAUAUAUCUGAAGUUAAAUGCGUAGUUAUUUCUUUUAAAUUUUUGAGUUUAAAGGAUUAGAAGUCUUUGUGCAUUCUCUAUUUUGAUUUAUUCGGUGUAUUACAUACAUAAUGGCAGCAACAAAUGUAAACAUAGCGCGUGACAAAACAGUCGUACGAUACGCACAACAAGAAAAGACAAGACAAGACAAAGCAAAAGUGGCUAUCAAGCUUUUUUUUUUCUAAAGCUAAAGGAAGAUGUUAAAAUUAUAUAUUUUGACAUUACUUUUGGUCUUUUUCUUAUUUAUCAAUACGAAGACAACUUCGGCCGUUGAUCCCGAAACUGGCAUGACAGUGCCAGAAAUUAUUACAUAUCAUGGGUAUCCUGCUGAAGAGCACUUUGUCACAACAAAUGAUGGAUACAUUCUUGGAAUACAUCGAAUUCCUCAUGGGAAAGGCAUGAAGUCAUCAGAAAAAAGACAAGUAAUAUUCCUGCAACAUGGACUCCUUUGUUCCAGUGCUGAUUGGAUUGUUAACCCAGUUAAUGAAAGUUUAGCUUUCAUGCUUGCCGAUGCUGGAUUUGAUGUUUGGUUGGGAAAUAGUAGAGGAAACACUUACUCUAGAUCACACAAGACAUUAAAAGUCGAGUCAGAUGCCUUUUGGAAAUUUAGUUGGGAUAGCAUGGCUUCAGAAGAUCUGCCUGCAGUUAUCGAAUAUAUAGUCUCAGAAACAGGUCAACAACAAUUGCAUUAUGCAGGUCAUUCCCAGGGUACAAUGAUAGCUUUUGCUGGAUUUUCACGGAAUAAAGUUUUGUCAAAAAGAAUUAAGAAGUUUUAUGCACUUGCACCAGUGGCAUAUUUGGGUCAUAUGGAAAGUCCACUAAAGUAUUUGGCAAGCUUUAUUCCAGAGAUUGAGUGGCUCUUCAAAAUUCUUGGUGUAAGAGAUUUUCUGCCACAAUCUCCACUUAUCACAUGGCUGGCAUCUCACAUGUGCACAAAGUCUGUCUUAAAGAGCGUGUGUGCGAAUAUUGUUUUUGUAAUUUGUGGAUACGAUAAACCGCAGAUGAAUGAGACUCGUUUGGAUGUUUACAUGACUCAUUCCCCAGCCGGUACUUCUGUGCACAAUAUGGUUCACUAUGCUCAGGCAUAUAAAACAGGAAAUUUCCAAAUGUACGAUUGGGGAGAAAAAGAGAAUUUGGAACGCUACAAUCAGUCCACCCCACCAUUGUAUGACUUAUCAAACUUCCAUGUCCCCACCGUCCUGUAUUAUGGUGGCCAUGAUUGGUUGGCUGAUAUUAAAGAUGUGAACGUAUUGCUGAAAAAACUUCCUUCUGGUGUUGUCAAACUUCAAAAAUUGGUUGAUUCGUGGAUGCAUCUCGAUUUUAUUUGGGGCAUGGACGCUCCUCAGGAGGUCUACAGAAGUCUUAUUGCUGAUGCGUUAGAAGAUAAUAAAAAUUAUUAGUUUUGCAAUUUUUGCUAUUAGAAUUUUUUUUACUACUUUUAUAAUUUUGCAAGACAAAGUUCGGAUUGAUUUUGCACUCUUAUCCGCAAAAAUAAACUGAAAUCUUGCAGAACUGUAAUUAUCAAUAUUAAUAUAUAAAUAUUUUAAAAAUUUUGAAAAAAAUUACUAGCUUUGACGAUAAAACUAUAUAAAUUUUUAAACAAGCAUACGAAAAUUAUUUUUAUAUGGAUAAUGAUAAUUUGAUCACUUUUAUUUCAAUCCAAUAUUGACUAAGCAUAUAGAUAAAUGACAAAAUUUGGAACUCGUUUCAUACACGCUAUGUUUGAAGUAAAUUGCAGAACAAAAGAGUAGCUUUUGAUUCAUUUUCGUCCCCAAAGCUGUUUGAGAUGAACCUCUUAAGACGAGAAUGCCUAUUUUUUCAGUGAUAUUAUUUUUAGGGUUUGGGACAUAAUGGAAUAAAAUUAAAUAUUAUUGGCUCAAAAUGAGCGCUAUCCUUUGGCCAAAACCUUAAAAAUUAUCAUUAAACUCUAAAAUAAAGCGGAAGAAAAGUUUAGGAACAAGAGCUACCCAAUUAUGCGAAAUUCAGAAUACAAAAUUGCGAAUGUGAAUAUUUUUAAAGUGCGAAAUUUACGAUUGCGAAUGAAUAACAUCAAAUAGCUAUUUUUGCUGAUGUAUUAUGAAUUUUACACUGAAUAAAGAGGAAAAUUGCGACCGCGUCAAAAUUGAGAACAAAAUGAGAAAUCAAAGAUUGUGAGCAUCUAUCCUUACUUUCAAAGUGCGGAAUUUAAGUUUAUAAAUACAAGACAACUCCGCAAACGUUAAUUUCACUUCUUUUUCUUUCGCAACUUUUUUUUGCACCUACGAAGUGUUUCAUCAUCCUCGGAGAUUAAUACUGGUGAAAUGUAUUAAUUUUAGCUCGCAAAAUUAAAUAGCCGCGAAUACUACUACUAUUAAUAAGGUAGUAUAUUUUUUAUUGUUUCGUUUAAUAGUUAUUUGAAUUUUAUAUAUCUUUUCAGAUUUUUAUUUACAUAUGAGAUGUAUGCAAAUCAGAAUGGAAAUAAAAAAAGUAAACUUGA